CUCUGAUUGGGGUCCCUUCUCACGAUGAAUCAAUCAAUCAAUCGGAAACAGCAAAAUGCUAAGCUAAGCAAUGAAAUGGUCUUAUUGUGCGAUACUCUUCAGCAAAUUACUUUGUCCAUUUCGCGUUCGUUUCAAAAAUGACGACGGCGUCUUCUUCACGAGCCUGUUUACUUUGUAAAAGAAAACUUAACCAAUUCCCAUUGUAUUUUGUUGGCGAUAAUUUAAAUGUUACCUUUCGCCAUUCUUUUGCGGAUAACAAAUCACUGCUCAAUAUUCGUAUAUUCAAUUUGUUUUGCGCAAGUAAAGAAAAACUUGUUACAUUCCUCGUGAAACCGCAAUCAAUACUCCAUUAAAACUUGAAAUACGUUCACGAAACUUUUCAAACCCGACUUACAUUAUGUAAGUUUUAAUGUAAUAAGCGGUCCGACUGCAAGAAACAUAUUUGGGACGACGUUAUUACAUUUUCAAAUUGAGUCGCGUCGCUGCUGGAUUAAACGGGGGACGAUAAAAAACGUGGAGAAAUGCCCUCUUUGUGUCUGCGGAUUACGCUAACUAAACCUCUUAAGACAAAAGGCAAAAGCGCAAUCCGAUUAUACAAAAACAAAUUUUGUAAUGUUGAUUUAGGCAAAUCGGAUUAGUGUAUAAUGUAUAAUUUUUGUUGCAGGGGCGGCCAGUUUAUGCGGACCGGCGAAAAAAUUCGUCUACCGGACGACGUCACCAUGGGAUACAUCAUCGAGCAUUUGCUGAAGAAACCGUUGACUGUCGUUAAUCAAUUUCAUUCGCAUCUGGAGCCGAUGAAGUUCAUACGAAGGGAGCUACUUAAAGAUCAGAUCUCAUUCAGCUACUCGUCGAACAAUAUUAUUAAAUUGGAGGGAUUUGAUAUCUUGCGUGAUCCCACAAGGUUUCUGUCGCUACACUGCCUGCUAUUCCCAUACUUCGACUUUUGCCCGAGGUGAGAUGAGGCCCCCUCGGCAGCGGCGGAAGAAGAAGAGGCCAACGAAUUGUGAUCAAUACAGAAGCACUUUGGGUGCAAUUUUUCUUUGUGAUGUCUUUAGGAAAUAAGUACACUGUAAAUACAAAACCGUAUCCUUACUUUUUUAUUAACUAGUCUGAUUAGGGCAACUAAGUUUGUAAAAAACGAGCAAAUGAAUGACAACCAAGAAUAAUACAUAUUAAUUUUUAUAGGUGUAGUUUGGAUUUUUGUAUAAUUUGUAACGUUGGUAGCUAGAAAUGUCUACUAGUCUCGUUCUUUGUACAUAAUGUGCAAUUUUAUAUCUACUGUAUUAUUGAAGAGUAUUUUUUAAUGUAAAUAGUUUUAUACUGUACAUACCACGUAUUAUAAUUUAUGAACGGUUGAUCAAUUUUUUAUAUGUUUAUACAAUGUAAAUAAAGGAGAAGAGAUUUUGUACUUUAUUUGACAA